AUGCGACCGGAACGGCCAUUGCCGCCGCUGUCCACUCCGCCGCUGCCGCCGUCACAACAGACGGAGGAAGCGGCGGGAGCACCAGGAAUGGACGUGCCCACCAGGCUGCCAGACCCGGUGCCGUCGCCGAUACUGAGGCACUCGUCCGCCAACUCGGUGAGGCGGUCGCGGUCGCUGCGUUCCCUCAUGGCCGACUCGCCGUCCGUCACCUUCGCAACCAAUAACCUCAGGUCGGGCUCCAAGGCCGAGUCCACCGCUUCGUCGCUCGAGAGCUUCCGGUUCCACCGCGACGAGUCCGCGUCGGGGACCCCCGCCGGGCUCGGGCGGGUGUCCACCAGGCGGUCCGCGUCCGAGCGCGCCGGCUCCCAGCGCGACCUCCGCGACGAGGACGCGCGGUUCGUGUACAUCAACGACGCGGAGCGCACGAACGCGCCGCCGGCCGGACUCCCCGACAACUCGAUCCACACCACCAAGUACACCAUUCUGACCUUCCUCCCGCGGAACCUCUACGAGCAGUUCCACCGCGUGGCCUACCUCUACUUCCUCGUCCUGGUGGCGCUGAACAUGGUGCCGCAGCUCGGCGUGCUCACGCCGGCCGCGUCCGUGCUCCCGCUGGCGUUCGUGCUCGGCGUGACGGCGGUGAAGGACGCGUACGAGGACUGGAGGCGGCACCGGUCCGACAAGAACGAGAACAACCGCACCGCGUCGGUGCUGGUGGGCGGCGUGUUCGUGCCCAAGCGCUGGAAGGAGGUGCAGGUGGGGGAGGUGCUGCGCGUGGUGGCCAACGAGACGCUGCCGUGCGACAUGGUGCUGCUGUCGACGAGCGACCCCACCGGCGUCGCCUACGUACAGACCAUCAACCUGGACGGCGAGUCCAACCUCAAGACGCGGUACGCCAAGCAGGAGACGAUGCCCACGCCGGCCGAGGCGCUCGCGGGGGUCAUCAAGUGCGAGAGGCCCAACCGCAACAUCUACGGCUUCCUCGCCACGGUCGACCUCGACGGCCGCCGCGCCGUCUCGCUUGGCCCCUCCAACAUCGUGCUCCGCGGGUGCGAGCUCAAGAACACGGCCUGGGCCAUCGGCGUGGCCGUCUACACCGGCCGGGACACCAAGGUGAUGCUCAACAGCUCCGGGGCGCCGUCCAAGCGCAGCCGCCUGGAGACGCACAUGAACCGCGAGACCAUCAUGCUCGCCGUCGUCCUGUUCCUCCUUUGCGCCAUCGUGUCGCUCCUCGCUGGCAUCUGGCUCGGCGACCACGGUGACGAGCUCGGGGUGAUCCCCUUCUUCCGCAAGAGGGACUUCUCCGUCAAGGACGACCCGGACGCCACGUACAAGUGGUACGGGAUGGGCGCCGAGGUGGCCUUCACCUUCAUGAAGUCGGUGAUCACCUUCCAGGUGAUGAUACCCAUAGCGCUGUACAUCUCCAUGGAGAUCGUCAGGGUCGGGCAGGCUUUCUUCAUGGUGCAGGACAAGAACAUGUUCGACGACAAGCGGCAGGCCAAGUUCCAGUGCCGCGCGCUCAACAUCAACGAGGACCUGGGGCAGAUCAAGUACGUGUUCUCCGACAAGACCGGCACGCUCACAGAGAACCGGAUGGAGUUCCGGUGCGCCAGCGUGCACGGCGCCGACUUCAGCGACACUGCCGGCGGCGGCGACGCCGAUGACGGGCAUUCUGUGACCGGGGAGGACGGCGUUGUGCUGCGGCCGAAGACGGCCGUGAAGACGGACCCCAAGCUGGUGGCGCUGCUCAAGGACGGGGCCGGCGCGAACGCCGACCGCGCCCGCGACUUCUUCCUGACGCUGGCGACGUGCAACACCAUCGUGCCGAUCGCGGUCGACGCCGCCGCGGCGGGUGCGAGGCUGCUGGAGUACCAGGGCGAGUCCCCCGACGAGCAGGCGCUGGUGUACGCCGCCGCGGCGUACGGGUACACGCUCGUGGAGCGCACCUCCGGGCACAUCAUCGUCGACGUCUUCGGCUCCAGGCAAAGCGAUAGGAGACUGCACAUCAACUGCUCCACUUCAGCGAUAGGAGACCUAUCCAUGCGCAUGGAUUCUACGCUGAUUAGCCUCGUCAGGGUUUUGCACACCGGCAGAUCGAGAGUGACUGACCAAUGA